AUGCUUGGUUUUUGCUGUAGAAGAUUGCAGUUACUAUUUCCCAGUAGCAAUGCUGUUAAUUCAGCUACCCAUCUUCAUUUUACAAGAUUAUAUUCAUCAAAAUCAUUGUUAGGAAAUACCCAAGAUGAAAAAGAUUGCUCUUUUCCAGUUUCAUACCUUAUAAAUACGUGUGGGUUAUCCCCAGAACUUGCCCUCUCUUUGUUCAAGAAGCAGAGGGUACAGUUUGAAUCCCCUGAAAAACCAGACUCUGUUGUUAAGCUUUUCAAGGACUAUGGAUUUGGGGAUACCCACAUCUCCGAAAUUGUGAAGAAACACCCAGAGCUGCUCGUAGUCAAUGCUGAGAAGACCCUUUUGCCGAAACUCGAGUUCUUUGACUCUGUUGGGAUUAAAGGCACUGCCCUGUCUCAGGUCCUUUCUGGCAACCCAAUUGUGUUGAAAUUGAGCUUAGAGAAUAAUAUCAGACCUUGCUAUGAUAUCAUCAAGACUCUAGGUAUCCCUGAUGGAAAGGUCCCUCGUUUCAUUAUGAAAUCCCAUAGGAUGUUUAAGGUCAAAAUACUGAGCAAAGUUGCUCGCAAUGUUUCAUUUCUGAGGUCACUAAAUGUGCCGGAAUCCACACUCGAUCUGUGUAGGCCUGAGACUCUUGUUACAAUGUCAACCGAUGCCGGUGAGUUUAAUGAAAAUGUCAACAAGGUCAUCAGCAUGGGAUUUGCUCCUUCAAGCUGUACAUUUGUGAAAGCACUGUACGUAGUUUCUGUUAUGGAUGAGUCAAAGUUGGCAAAGAAGAAGGAGUUUUAUAGAAAGUGUGGUUGGACUGAAGAUGAUAUAUUGUUGGCAUUUAACAAGAAUCCCAUCUUUAUGACCGUCUCUGAGAAGAAUGUUUCAAGUAAAAUGGAUUUUCUUGUGAACAAAAUCGGUUUGCAGCCAGCUGAUGUGGCUAAAUAUCCCAGUAUUCUAAUUUAUAGUUUAGAGAAGUGGAUCAUACCUAGGUGGUCAGUUAUUAGAGUUCUGCUGUUGAAGGGCUUACUAAGGAAGGAACAAUUUUCUUUAGUUGGCACCGCAUUAAUGGGCAGGAAAGACCAGUUCUUGCAUAGGUUUGUGAAUAAAUAUCAAGAGCAAGUACCCGAAUUAUUGAGCAUCUUUCAAGGGAAAAUUGGCCUUGCAGAACUGGGGUUAGGAUUUGAGGAAACAGAUGGAGUGAAACAAAUGUAG